CCUAUGUGCUCCUGGUAACUCUGUUUCCUGGCGUUUUCCAACACCAUUCGCUCAGCCCGAAUUGUUUUUGGGUAGAUUUUCGAUUUUUGCCUGAAAAAACAUGACCGCCGUAUUCCGCGUUGGACUGGUGCGGCUCGUCAGCCGCGCCUCCCAGUCGCCCAGUCUGCUGCAGGCUCAGGCGAACGCCCUGCCCUCCGCCUUCCAGCAGCGGUGCAGCAUCUCUGGGAAAACGAUGCGCGGUGGUCCCCGCGUACCGAAGGCCGCCCCCUAUCCUUACAAAACGAAGAAGUACAGCGUUAUCAACUCCUUUUUUGACAAAACCUCGCAGCGCUUUGACGAAAACUCAAAGGUGAUCUGCGUCGAGGGACCGGUUGCAGCCGGCAAGACGAAGUUUGCCGAGGAGCUGGCGGACGAGCUGGAUAUGAAAUACUUUCCUGCAGUAGAUUUGGACCUGAUCUACGUAAAUCCGUACGGCUAUGACAUGCGCAAGCUGGAUCCCCAGCUACCGCCCAGCUGCCGCAGCUACGACGUUAAGAACUUCCUGCAGGAUCCCAACCACGACCUAGCUGCCCAGUUCCAGAUCCGCAUGUACAUGCUGCGCUACUCGCAGUACAUCGACGCCUUGCAACACAUCUUGAGCACCGGACAGGGAGUGGUGCUCGAGAGGAGUCCCUACUCGGACUUUGUCUUCAUGGAGGCCAUGUUCCGUCAAGGGUAUCUGUCCCGCGGAGCCCGAUCCGUCUACAACGAGUUGCGCGAGAACACCAUCAGUGAGAUUCUGAAGCCGCAUCUGGUGAUCUAUCUGGAUCUGCCAGUAGAUGCCGUCAAGAAGCAGAUCAAGGCUCGCAACAUUGGUUACGAGGCGAACUCGAAGGUCUUCAGCGAUGCGUAUCUGCGCGAUGUGGAGCAGCUGUACAAGCAGCAGUACCUUAAGGACAUCGCCACUCAUGCCGAGCUGCUCAUCUACGACUGGACGGCCGGUGGCGAGACCGAGGUUGUGGUGGAGGACAUUGAGCGCAUCGACUUUAACCAGCACGAGUCCGAUCCCCACAACAAGAAGAUGCUCGACUGGCGCUUCCCCCUGGAAGCGGAGUGGUGCGAGGCCCGCAUUAAGUACUGCGAUGAGAAGCCCGACCUCAUGAAUUAUUUCAAUGUUCCGCGCUUCGACGUUCCGGAGCUUCUGCGUAACGCCGACGACACCAAGGUCUGGCGUGAUGUCUGGUACAACGCUCCCGGCAUGAAGUACCGCCCUGGCUACAACGCCGACAUGGGCGACGAAGGACUUCUGACCAAGACGAAAUUGGGUGUCAACGAGGCCAUCUAGAGGGUUUUACUUUGCUUUUGAGAUCAUCUGGCGCAAUGUGUUAAUUAUCUAAUAAAAAAUCUAGUAAAAUAAUGGAUAAAGCAAACCUCUAA